AUGUUCUUGCAGAGUUUUCCUGACCAAGAUGUACUGGGCCAGGCUUUCGAAGAUGCGCUAGAAGUACUGCAGCAGCACUCUGACAGAGAAAUGCAGUAUUCACCAGGUUACAAAAACUGCCUGACUGUGAUCAACCAUCACCACCACCUCCGAGCCAGUCCCAGCUACUCUGCAGCACCAUCUACAGAGGACCCAGGGUACAGCUGGAGAAAUGUGAUUAACAGUGCAGCGGAUUUUUAUGCAGACGAGACCGUCUACCAUACGCUACCGAAUACUCCAGAAAGCCAGGUGAUGCAUGCUGCUUCUGGCCAGCCAAAAACAGGGAAAGGUAGAAAAAAACUUCGCCUGUUUGAGUACCUCCAUGAGUCUCUGUAUGAUCCAGCUAUGGCAAACUGCAUCCAAUGGGUGGAUAAGCCCAAUGGUGUCUUCCAGUUUGUCUCCAAAAACAAGGAGAAACUUGCAGAGCUGUGGGGAGAAAGAAAAGGAAACCGCAAGAUCAUGACAUAUCAGAAAAUGGCCAGAGCGCUGAGGAAUUAUGGAAGAACAGGUGAAAUCAUUAAAAUUCGAAGGAAGCUGACAUACCAAUUCAGUGCUGUUGUUUUACAGAGACUUGCUCCAUCUUACUUCUUGGGAAAAGAAACAGUUUAUCAUCCAUACAUUCAGUCUAAUCAAGAAUAUCAGUGUGCAGAUGACUGGAUCAGUUACAAUAAUUACAUGUAUAACAACGGUUAUGCAUUAUAG